CUUGCUCCCCUUCUAUUGGUGGCCAAUUGCCUGUUCUCUGCGACCUGGGGCAACGUGGUCACAUUAGCCGUUGCCCUUUUAAGAGAGGCCCUGCCCACACGGAGGGGUGGGCAGGGGGCGGAGUCGGAGGAAUCGGGUAGGAACAAAGCACUCCCAGCGGGCGGCGGCUGGGCUCGGCUGGCAGGGCCACGGGGUGCGGGGCGUGCGGGCGGCGGCCCGGGCGGAGCGUUGGAGGGAAGGAGGCGGCAUCCUCCUCUGUCGGUCCGGCCAUGAAUGGGCUGCCUUCGGCCGAGGCGCCGGGCGGCGCGGGCUGCGCCCUGACCGGUCUCCCGCCGUUACCGCGCGGCCUCAGCGGUCUUCUCAACGCGAGCGGGGGCUCGUGGAGGGAGCUGGAGCGCGUCUACAGCCAGCGCAGCCGCAUCCACGAUGAGCUGAGCCGGGCCGCCCGCGUACCGGACGGGCCCCGUAACGCCGCCGGCGCCGCCAACGCGGGAACUGCCGCGGGUCCCCCUGGCCCGCGUCGCCCUGUUAACCUCGACUCGGCGCUAGCGGCGCUGCGCAAGGAAAUGGUGGGCCUGCGGCAGCUGGACAUGUCCCUGCUGUGCCAGCUGUGGGGCCUGUAUGAGUCGAUCCAGGACUAUAAGCACCUGUGCCAAGACUUGAGCCUGUGCCAGGACCUGUCAUCCUCCCUGCACUCAGACAGUUCCUACCCACCUGAUGCUGGCCUUUCUGAUGAUGACGAGCCUCCUGAUGCUAGCCUGCCCCCAGACCCGCCACCCCUCACUGUGCCCCAGACGCACAAUGCCCGAGACCAGUGGCUGCAGGAUGCCUUCCACAUCAGCCUCUGAAGAGCUAGGGUGGUGGGGGGCAUGCACCCAUGCAAAAGGCUCAGAAACUCACCCCGCAGCAAGUAUUCAGACUAUAGUGCCUGCUUUCCCCCAUACCACCUCACCUCACAGGAGGAGGGCAAGGCCUGGGCCCCUUGGGGGCAAAACUGCCUACCCUCCCUCUCCUGUCUUGGGUUAGCUGGCACUGGGGCAGGUACCUGGGCUACAGCCUCUGCCCAUGGCACUGGACCUCCACUUCUCCCACAUGUGUGUACUCCAGCUUGGCCGACCUUCAGUCUGGCGGUGGGGUCCAAAGCAUCUAGCACUCCCCUUGGCAUCUCUGGGACUGGGAUGAGUGCCUGGCUCCUGGCUCUUCACCUUUUGCUGCUAUUGGCAGCUGCUGGCUCAGGGGCAUCACACCUUUGGUCCCUGGGUUCCACGGCCCUUGACAGGGGCUCUCCAGGACCCAUUCCGGAACCACCCCACGGCCAGGAGGGCCAAGGCUCCGCGCUGGAUAUUUAAGUUUAGGGGCCAGCCUCCUGGGCGCAUAGAUAAAUAAAUAACUGUCUCAGCA